ACGAUGCCAUUAGAAGCGAACCCAAGUAUACGAAUACGCUUUAAUCCCCCAAAAAAUAUCAUCAAAAUCUCUCAUGUCUGCGCACUUCCCUCUCUCCUAAGCUCUUUCUUUAGGUUUCACUUCAAGUUCUGGGUUUGCAACUCCCGAAGAAAAGAGCGUGUGCGAGAACAAUUCAGUGAGCAGCCAUGACUGACUAUUUACAGGAGCAGGAGAUGGAAAUUGAAGCACUAGAAGCCAUCCUUAUGGAUGAGUUUAAAGAAAUUCAUUCUGGGGAAAGUGGACUUAACACUUCCAAUAAAUGUUAUUGUAUCACGAUAUCUCCACAGGAAGAUGAAGGAGAUGAACCGGUGUCAAUGCCAGUUCAACUAGCAUUGAUUUUCUCGCACACAGAAAAAUAUCCAGAUGAACCUCCACUGCUUAAUGUCAGAAGUAUACGGGGUAUACCAACUGAAGAUCUCAGAACUUUGAAAGAAAAUCUCGAAAAAGAGGCAACUGAGAACCUUGGGAUGGCUAUGGUGUAUACACUAGUUUCAACUGCCCAAGAAUGGCUGAGUGGAAGAUUUGGUCAAGAUAGUUUGGAUGAUGGCGCUGCAGAUGAUGAACAGGAAAAAGAUGAAGUUAUAGUACCACAUGGAGAACCCGUCACUGUUGAAACUUUCUUGGCAUGGAGAGAAAGAUUUGAAGCAGAAAUUGCACUAGAGCGAGCCAAAUUAAUGCCAGAUUCUGCUCUAACAACAACCAAGGAAAAGAAGCUCAGUGGAAGGCAGUGGUUUGAAAGUGGGCGAGCAGUUGCUGCAGCGAGAGGUGCAUUGACAAGUAAGGAGGAUUCUGAAGAAGAAUAUGAAGAAGACAUUGACUUUGAUGAUGAUGACUUCGAAGAUGAUGAAGAAGAAGACAUGCUUGAGCAUUAUUUGGCUGAGAAAUGAGAUUUACAAUUAUCCUCGAAUAUGUCUGCUCAAUAGUUUGGUAAUAGAGCAAUAUAUAUGCUCCUUUGGUCAACAUACUAGGCUAGUCAGAAACUUUUUGAUGUCCUGUCGGCACACUGAUUGUCAAAGGCAUAUAGGAGGCUACCGCUGUGGUUUGCCAUUUUUGUCAUCUGGAACGGUAAGGUUAUAAUCAGUUUCCAUCUCGUUUGUACAAGUAAACUUUUCGCUACUCAAUUACGUGAACCAGUAGUUGCGCUGUUGGCGUAUUUACAAUAUAGGAGACACCUUAUUAUUCUUGUAAUGCACUUUAUUGUAUCCAUAGUAUUUUGCAUUGAGUCUUUGGCAUUGAGUCGUCCUGCAUUCGAAAAAUGUAUCUCUGCCAAAAAGACAGCAGCUGAAAGUUCAGGUAAUAGAUUUCCAGAAUGGAUGAAAAAUUAAUAGCUUGUAUUUGUGCUGUAUAGUGUUGAUUACUAUUCUUACAAUGAAGUGAUGAACUACUGUAAAAUAAUUACACCAUGUUUUUGGUAAGUUUAUCAUUGAGGUCUUGUUGCCCAUGAA